GUCGAACGGGUAUAAAGGCAUCGAAAAAACAGAGAAGACACCAUUGUUGUGUAUUAAUCAAUUCCGUAUACACCUCGAAACGGUUAGAAUGAGAAUUUCGUCGAUACUGUUGUUGUCUUUGGUGGUCACCGUGUGUCUUUGUAAGGGAGCAGCUAUAGAGGAAGACAUAGAUAGUCAUAAAACAGUUGAAAAGGUAGAACCGUUCCCAGCCAAUGGUCAAUUAUCAGUUUUAAAUCAAAGAAAAAAGCGUGGAGUUGUUGAACCGAAAAGCUCAGUAGAACCGUUCCCAGCUAAUGGACAAUUAUCAGUUUUAUAUCCAAGAAAAAAGCGUGGAGUUUUUGAACCGAAAAGCUCAGUAGAACCGUUCCCAGCCAAUGGUCAAUUAUCAGUUUUACAUCAAAGAAAAAACCGUGGAGUUUUUGAACCGAAAAGCUCAGUAGAUCCCAUUCAAAACAAUCAUCAAUUGUCUUAAGAAUUAUAUGUAAGAAAAUGCCUGACAUUUGUA